AUGGCGCUCUUCAACAAAAGCCAGAGACUAUGGCUCAAAGUUCUCUGUCUUGUGUACGCAUCGCUCUUCUUCUACUGUCGAUACCAUUCGGCUCGAGACCCAACAUCCUACUUCUUCCAACCAGAGGAAGGCUAUCGACCGCGCUACAGCGUUGCCAGAAUCCAGGAAUCUCUACGCUUUCUGUCUUCAUCCAAGCAUUCGUCUGUCGGUCCUGUUUCGCCCACUGAUCCUGCCCUAUGCGUCGGGAUUGUCACCGCAAAGCGUCCGUUGGCGCAGAACCUCAACACUACAGUCGGCUCGCUACUGGACAAUUUGUCGCAAGAGCAGCGGUCGGACAUUGCGAUUCAUGUGCUCUUUGCGCAUGUCAUCUCUUCUGCUCAUCCGGAUUUCGAACAGCCGUGGGUUUCGCAAUUCGUCGAUCGCGCGUUUACGUACGAGCAGCUCGACGCACCGAUUGCCACACUGAAGCGCCUGGAGCACGAAAGGAGGGUAUCAGAAAAGUCCCUUCUUGAUUACCGUCUCGCCCUCGAAUCGUGCUACUACCAGACCAACAGUUCGUGGAUCCUGAUGCUCGAGGACGAUGUGGUGGCACAAAGACAUUGGUACGAACGCACAGCGCAGGCUCUUCAGACUGUUCAAAAGUGGGAGCAACAGGGGAAGAUCAGGCGGUGGCUCUAUCUGCGUUUGUUCUAUACGGAGAAGUUUUUGGGUUGGAAUAUCGAGCAUUGGCCGGUUUACCUGGCUUGGAGCAUAUUUGCUAUCUCUACGACCGGAGUGCUGGGCAUCUGUGCACGACGGCACGUUCAAUCAUGGCAGGGCGUUUUGACCAACUCGUUUUUGGUGAUGGUGUGUCUGAUUGGUGUUCUGAUGGGAAUCCUUCUCUACUUCCUCGCAGGCCGCGUGACUGUUCAACCUAUGAGGCCGGGGGUCCAUCUCAUGAACCAACAUGGUUGUUGCUCGCAGGCGCUUUUGUUUCCACGAGAACAGGUCCCGUUGGUGAGUCGCUAUCUUGAUUGGAAAAGAUGCGCUUCCCCAGGGCCAGUAGACAGUGUGAUAGAGAUGCUGGGCGAUCAGGGUGGUAUGGAUCGUUUGGUUAUUUCGCCGUCGCAAAUGCAGCAUGUCGGGGCUGCUUCGUACAAGGAGAAUCGGCCUUCAUAUCGAUGGGAGGGUAUGUAUAGUGUGCAUGGUGCUCAUGGAGUGUGGAACGUCGGGUUUGAGGGCCAAUCUUAA